AUGAUGAUGAGUGUUUCUGUUGGACAAGUCGAGAAGCCGGCGAAUUGCAGUCGGGAGGAAUUUCGCAAGGAACUGAAUUUGCGCCGAGCUUCUCUCACUCCCCAAGAGCUUGGUUUCUUGAACAAUUUGGUCGAUGAUGGCACAGAAGAUGACAUCAAGAAGGCUACCAAGCGAUUGUCAGAUCCGUAUCUCUUUUCAAUGGAUGAAGACUCCUCGGAUGACGAUGCCGACGACGAAAGGGAAGAGAAAAGCGAAAAGGACGAGGAAAACAAGGACAGUCCACCGAUUUUGGAAAGCAAGAGCAGCAAUGGAGAUAUCUCCACUGCCUCUGCGAUCGGGCAAGAGGGCUCAGCCCGUCGUCGUGAGCUCUUGGAGAAGCGUCGCGGCUCCGUCUUUCACAGCCAAAUUUGGAAGGCUCAUGAAGGAGGCUUGGCCGUCAGCAAACAAUCUUCCCGUCGUUCUCUUCUCGUCCGACAGGGAUCUUCGUUUGCCCUCCGACAAGGUCAAGAGGGAAGUGACGCCUUUUCUCGGCAGUCCUCCAGACGUUCCCUCAUGUCUCGAGGACCAGAGGUGUCUGCUAACUUUUCUCGUCAGUCAUCCCGCCGCUCACUGAUGUGUCGAUCAGGAUCCUCCUUUUCCCUCCGAAGCUCCACUCACUCCAUAAGAAGAUCCCAAAGGCGCCAGGAUUCCUUGGCUUCCCUUCGCUCUAUUUCUGCGAGGGGCAAUUUGGGCGCUCUCUCGGACUCGGACCCCGACCUUGACAGUGACGACAGCGACGAUGAUGAUGACAAAGAAGAAGAAGAAGAUUUGGACAGGAGUGCCGAAACCUUUGGUUCGGCACCCACUGAAGCCGCCAAUCGAAUGCUUCCACCCUUGCCUACUGGAGGACGUCGCGAUAUGUUGACCAAAUCGGGCUCCUAUCGUCGAGUGACCGUCGCGGGAGGUGCCCGCACCGUGCAGAAACGCCGCAGCAGCACCCUCAGUGCCGGAAGCAGGUCGAGGAGACACACCUUUCAGUCGCAACGCUCUACGAGCAGCAACCUCGUGGACAUUCCAGAGGAGAAACCAAGAGUGCAGCUCAAGAAGCAAAUGUCCCCGCCUUUCAGCUACGAGGGAGAAGGAAUUGAAGUGGGCGUAUUCUUGGAACACGAAGAAUGUGACGAGGAGGAGGAGGAAGAAGAAGUCAUGAGUGAGUUGGAGACAAUGGAUGAUGCAGACGAAAAGGAAGCUGAAGCGGAAAGAGCUCGCCAUCAUACCAUGGUUAUGCGUCGGGCUUCCGUAAACCUAUACAACGGUGUCGGGAUGGAGAUUUCGGACUGGGACGCCCAAGAGGAAAUGGAAGGACGCCGAAAUUGCUUGGAAAAGUACCAUCCCAGCGUUGUAAAUGACAGUGUUCACACAUCGGCAUUCUUUGCGCAAGCUGAAGAGCCAGCUCUCCUCCAAAAAAGUGCUACCUUUGACGAAACCCAGAGUGAGGAUCGCGACGUCGGCUUCCCUGAAGUGGAGGAAACCCUUGCUACCAUUCAACGUUGUUAUUCGGAAGAUGAGCUCGCAUCGACGCUCGCCGUGAAUCGAGAACGGCGAGCUCUACGACGCGAAAGUGGUGCGACCCUUUCCACAGAGGCAUCGGAUGAGGAGGCCUCCUUUGACAGCUUCGAAUACGAUGCAUGGUUAGACUCGCCGGAAAUGGGCAGAAACUACGUGCAAAAGUUGCCGUUCCGCAUUUUGGGAACCAGUGCUGAGGACGUCGAUUCCCAGCCGCACGUGUUAUCUCCACCAUUAAUGGAGAGCCUACAGUCUUUCUUCCCCUUCUCGAAGACCAGUGACAACUUUUGGAUGAAAUACAGCAUGGUGCGGGACGGUGCAUCUCUCCAUACUUUCUUGCAGCAUGCUCGUGGAUCCAAACAUACUAUUCUUGCCAUUGAGACAGUCGAUGGUGAAGUGUUUGGAUCCUUCACCAAUGAACCUUGGAGGAAGACAUGGAGCUACUUUGGGGGUGGUGAAUCUUUCUUGUGGAGGUUGCGCAACUCCCGCAAGAACAAAUGCCAUUCUAUCAUUGAUCAGGCAAAUUUGGAAUCAGAGAUUGAUGUCUACCCCUACACGGGUGAGAACCAUUGCAUCCAGUUCUGCACGACCCGACAAAUCGCCGUCGGAGGAGGAUCUCCUGAUCAGGCAAGCACCAGCAUGACAAACAUUCCAGAAGGUUCCGAUGGCGGUGAAGUUCAGGAACACGAGUGGGGCUUUGGCAUUUCAUUGCAGAGCGACUUGUUGCAUGGCUCUACUGCGCCUUGUGUAACCUUUGGCAGUCCAUCCCUCUCUUCCGUUCACAGUGAUGGUUCGUUGUUUGAGAUUAUCAACAUUGAGCUUUGGGCCAUGACUCCAGCUUUCAAUGCAGAAGAUGCAGAGAAGCUAGAGCUGAGCAAGCUAUUCUUGGAGGAACAUUCUUCGACCUCCUUCAAUGCAGGUCAGUCGACCGACAGUCUGAACGCAUACUACAGCUAG